AUGGCUUCCAACGAGACUAGUAUACCGGAGACAAUCGAAUAAUCAUGUAUAAUGAAAGAGUAGAAAGCCAAAAAAUGACUUGAAGUGUGCCACAAAUAUAACAUCAACCCUUUAUCUUUAAGAUAUGGGUUCUCACAUUAUCGAUAUCCUUCGGCAGGGGAUAUGGGCAUCGUUGAGCGGAGGCUGGUUCUACGAUCCACAUCAAAACAUCUUCUCCAACACUUUCCAUCUGUAUCUAUGGAUGGCCCUGCUCGUUGCCCCGCUGAUCCUCCAUCUUACCCUUGUCUCUUCUGUGCUAUUAUGGGGGCUGUACUGCCUUGUAGUGGGACUGGUGUUUGCUAUCCUGAAAUGCGUAAACUACCGUCUCCACUAUAUGUACGACACUACCGAGUUGACAGAGGGGAAAGAGGAGACAGACAAGAAGGACAACAGUGAUAAGGACAGCAAGACCAUUGAACUAGGUCCUAGCAAAUCAGGUGGACGUGGUCAGGAUGAAAUAGAGUUACGUCCGAUUGGCCGUCCACUAUCUGUAAAGCCAGGAGCUAGUCACAAUGACGAGGAGAACAACAACAGAGGAUUGGUGUCAGUAGAACAGGAACUGACACGGAGACGGUCAGAUAGAUCAGAAAAGAGGAAAACCAAUGGACAGGCUCCCCUGGCUGAGCUUGAAGCAGAUGGGAUGGACACACAGCCAGAGACUGAUCAACGAGAAAAACAGAAAAAAUCCAAACUGGAAGUUCAGGAACCGUUAAGUCUUACAGGUGCUGAAGGAGAUAAUGAGAAAAAUUCAACCACAACAAGUCAGAACACCACUAACUCUGCCAAUCAGAUAACAACAACUGCAGAUGUAGAGGUGAACCCACAGGAAUCUGAUGGUGAGGUAGAGCAAGGAGAGAUAUUGGGACUCAAGCUCCGUGAGGAUACUGAUUCUGACCUGUCACCUGAUGCUGGAUCUUGGAUACGUAGGCGCCGCAAAGCUGUCAGAAGGACAAAAAGCUCUUUGGAGAGCACCACUAGGCCAAUCCCUCCAAUACAUGACCCCAACAUCAAAGUCAGUGUGAGAUCGUCACUUCCUCCUCAUCAAAGAUUCUCAAUGCAGACCGUACAAGAGCAACAUUCUGAGACAGGCCUCAUUAGGCCUCACAGUGAUCAAAAUAUCCUGAAGAGAGUGAGGCGGUCUAAACGGCCAGGAGAUGGUUGUGCUGUGGUGGACGUGGAACAGGACACAGGAUCUAGACAAUAUACACCCUGUUCAUUGUCUAUGGAAUCUGAGGAGGCACGCAUUAUACACAAAAUGGACAAAAACAGGCCCAAUAUUAAGUGUCAUCGCAGUGCAUCAGUUGAUGAAUCUGUCAACUCCUCCAGAUCAAGGGUACGUUCAAGGCCACCCAUGGAGUCUGCAACAUCUUUGGAAGCUGAAAUAAUGCUGAAACUUAUUGCAAGAAAACAAUCAGAAGAAAGUGAACAAGCAAGCAAUGAGACUGUAAAUGAAAAAGGAGAGGAAACUGAUGAUGAUGAGAUGAACAGUGUUGAUAAAAUUGGCAAAGAUCCAGUGCCAUCUUCCCCACACAUAUCCAAAAGUACUGAAUUGCUUUCUGAAAGGAAGCUUACUGAAACAAAUGUCCUCUCUAGCAGGAGGCCCCGUCCAUGUGCUGCCUCAGUUGACAGGCUGGGCAUUAGGGAAAACAAAUUGGAACGUAGUUUUACUGCUGGUAAACCACGCCGCCCAAAACGAUCCAAAGACAGACCCUGUAGUGUCGGAGAUCUGGAGUCUGUUCCAACCAGCUUUGUUAAUGGAAGUGAAGUAGGGUCAGGAGUCAAUUCAAAACCUAGAGACUUAUCAUUGACUUCAAGAAUUGCACGUUUUUUACAAGGAGGUAACUCUGACAAUACUUCUAAUCACCAACAGGAGGCAGCACCAUCUCAGCAAAGCAGCACAGUUGGUCUGGACUGGCUCUUCAGUACUGAUAGUGACUCGCUUAGUUCUGACGGCCGGGAGAGUCCUCAUUAUGAUGAGAAGAUGUGGUCCGACUCAUCCAGUACAAUGACAAAUGAUGGAGACACCACUACGGUGGAGACUACAAGCCCUGAUUUGCCAAUCAACUACACACCCCUCCCUGAUAAUGGGAUCAUCACUACCCCAUCUACUCCUAGUCCAGAUGAACUCGAGGCUAUGAGAAGGCAGGGUGCUAUCCCAAAAAAGUAUCCAACCCGCCCACUUCCAGCUCUUCCAGCACCACAACUACCACCCACAGAUGAACCUAUACCUAGUGCAGCUACUCCUUCAUCAGGGGAACUCUCUGAUCCAGAAGAUUUCCGCCGCAAGAUUUUAGAGAUCUUGAGUGAAUCAUCCGACAAUCCUGAACAAAUCAAGAAACUGAUAAAUGUUGUUAUUACCCAGGCUACAGAGAGAAGAGGCAGUAGAGGCACAGAUAGUCUUAGCGGGGAGAGACACAAACAAGACAAGGACAAACAUGACCCACAUACCACACCUAAUGCCCCGCCACCGCUUACUGAGGAUCAAGAGGCUCACUCAUCCAAGUCUGGCACACCAACUGAAGUUUCUGCUCUCCUACCUCUCACCAGCCAGAUUUCUACUGGCUCUCGUAGUGGGCGAAAUGUGAAGAGACGCAGGGUGGAUCGCACCAAGUCAAAAAAUCGCCAUCGCCACAACACACCUCCCCAUUUAUCAGAAUCAAGUGGCAGCCAAAAUGUCCACAUGGCCACCUCUCAUGAUGACACAACAGAGGGUGCUGUACACUGGUUCAAGGAUGACCAAGGUAACUGGUUGUCAUAUACAUUUGGGGAAAACAGUAGUGGUGUGGCCUUGAACACUACGGAGACCGUUGACGCCACAGUACCGUGGUCAGAAAAGAGUUGGAGCCUGAGUGGCUCUGAUUCUACUGUGAUAUUAGACUCACCAAAGGCAGAGACUAAUAAGGAUGAACCCAGUCUGUUGGACUCCAAUGGACAGGUUGUCAUCAACUUUGUCAACCUUCCCGGCCUGGUGGAGUCUCAUAUGGGACUACACAACCGCCGUGCACGUAUUCCCUCAGGCUGUCAAACAGGAAGCUCAUCAGACUCUGAUCUCCAAGACUCGGCAUCUCACGAUGGAAAACCCAAACCCUUCUACAAAUUCAAGCUCAUGCCAUUUCUGUCGAAAUACAGUAAGGUGCAUUUUGAUAGACUGGCACUGUUAGCUUUAUUAGAUAGGAAUUUAACAAUUAUAGAGAACUUUGUAGCUGUGAUAAUAUCCAUGGCUGUGGCUGCCCUAGGAGCCCUUGUCCUCAGCAGUAACUUCUACCACGACUUCUUUGUGUUCCUCUUCUGUUUUAUUAUCGCCAGUUGUCAAUAUUCACUAGUAAAGAGUGUCCAGCCUGAUGCAGCAUCACCCAUGCAUGGAUACAACCGUAUUGUGGUGUUCAGCCGUCCAUUUUACUUUUGUGUGUGCUGUGGCCUUAUGCUGUUACUGGACCAUGGCCGGAGAUUCGUGCCCACCACACCAACCUAUGUUUAUGGAGUGCCAUUCACUGUUGCGUCCUGUCUCAUUUUUGCCAGAGACUUUCUUCAAAUGUUUAUCCUGUGUUUUCCACUUAUAUUCACACUGGGCCUCCUACCACAAGUAAACACCUUUAUGAUGUACCUGUUGGAGCAGAUUGACAUGCAUGUGUUUGGUGGUAAUGCUACUGUGAGUUUGGGAGCAUCAGUGUACUGUGUGGUGCGGAGUGUAUUAGCGGUCACCUUUCUGUAUGGGGCUUGCUUCCUUGCCAUUGGAGUCGGAGCUGGAACAGGACAACAUGCUUGUGAUGACAAGGACCUGUCACAGAAUGUUGUCUUCUCUAUCUUCUCCGCGCUGCUGGUCGCCAUAUCUUACCAUCUCAGUAGAAGUGCUAGUGAUCCCUCAGUGUUGUGGAUGUUGUUGCGAGAUCUCAUGUGUAAGGAGAAGAAAAAGGAAGGAGAGGAUGGCGACCUUAUAGAUCCACUUCCUGAUAAACUGAAGAAAUGUGUGAGUGAACGUCUGCAGUCGGACCUUCUGGUUGUACUAGUCAUCCUGGUGAUAGGGUUUGCUGUCCACCUCAGCACAGUCUUCAGCAGUCCAGACCUACAGCCACUGCUGAGUGACAUUCUGUACUACAUUGCCGCCAGUGUCGGCUUCAUCGCUCACUACAUCAUUCCUAUGCUGCGUAAGGAGAUGCCCUGGCUCUGCUGUUCUCACCCCGCCCUAGCUUCCCGAGAGAGGAACAUGUUUGAGGUGGAAGGUGCUCCAAAGAUAAUGCUGUUUGAGAGAUUUUAUGUAUGGCUGCGUUUCUUUGAGCGUAAUGCCAUGUACCCUGUUGUCUUUCUAUGUGCCUUGACCCAGUCAACACCUCAGAUUGUCUGCAAGUUUGGAAUUUAUGUGGGGCCACUCAUCAUUGCCACAUGUGCCCUGAAGUUGCUGAGGUUUUCGUUUUCUGACACACCAAAGCAAUACCUUAUUAUCACAUUCACUGUGUUCUUCUUCAAGUACGACUACAGACAUUCAUCAGAAACAUUCCUCAUUGACUAUUUUUUCAUAUCCAUUAUUUUUUGUAAGUUCUGUGAUUUGAUGUUGAAGAUGAAGUUUAUCAUAACAUACAUUGCUCCGUGGCAGAUCACCUGGGGCUCAGCUUUCCAUGCCUUCGCUCAACCAUUCAGUGUUCCUCAUUCUGCCAUGCUAUUUCUACAAGCAGCAGUCUCCUCAUUUUUUUCCACUCCAUUGAAUCCUUUCCUAGGAAGUGCUAUUUUCAUUACAUCGUAUAUUCGUCCAGUUAAAUUUUGGGAGAAGGAUUACAACACCAAACGGGUAGACAACACAACCACCCGGCUCUCAUCGCAGUUAGAGAGAAAUCCAGGUGCUGAUGACAACAACCUCAAUUCCAUAUUUUACGAGCACCUGACUCGGUCACUGCAGCACAGUCUGUGUGGGGACCUGAUGAUGGGACGUUGGGGCAAUGCAGAGCAGGGUGACUGUUUUAUCAUGGCGUCAGACUACCUCAAUGCUCUUGUCCAUGUGAUAGAAAUGGGCAACGGGCUUGUCACCUUCCAGCUUAGAGGGCUGGAGUUCAGGGGAACCUACUGUCAGCAGAGAGAAGUGGAGGCGAUCACGGAAGGAGUGGAAGAUAAUGAGGGAUUUUGUUGUUGUGAGCCAGGCCAUCUACCUCACUUUCUAUCACUGAACGCUGCUUUCCAGCAGAGAUGGCUGGCAUGGGAAGUGGUUGUAACCAAGUAUGUCUUGGAGGGCUACAGUAUUUCUGACAUCAGUGCAGCAUCCAUGGCCCAGGGUUACGACACACGCAAGAUGCUCAUCUCCUAUUAUAUCAUGAGUAUUAUAUACUACAUGGUACGUUCACCCCGCCUGGAAACAUGGCUCCAGAUGGAGGCUCUCGUAGAGGCAAUGAGGGCAACAACAGAUGAUAAAUAUGUGGAUGUCGACCCUACCUUUGUUCUCCUCAUUGAUGAAGAUUAUGACCCAAAACUCAAGGGUAUCUCCAGGGAAAAGUUUUGUAGCAUCUAUCUAGACUGGAUCAAUUACUGUGUCAGCCGCAGGGACAAGUCGCUGGACUCUGCCAAAGAUUCCAUGUUGGUGUCACUGUGUUUUGCAUUAAGUCUGUUGGGCAGACGAGCACUUGGAACUGCUACACACAACACGGCCUCAUCAAGUAUGGACUUCUUCCUGCAUGGCUUACAUGCACUCUUCAAGGGUGACUUCCGUAUCACAUCUCCCCGUGAUGAAUGGGUGUUUGCCGAUAUGGAGCUGUUAAGGAGGGUUGUUGCCCCUGCUAUCAGGAUGGCCCUAAAACUUCACCAGGACUACUUCCUAUUCACUGAUGAGUAUGAAGAUAAACCCACCUUGUACUCCGCCAUCAGUAACUAUGAACAGAACCUUGUCAUCUGUCAUGAGGCAGACCCAAAGUGGAGGAAUGCUGUCCUCUCAAACAUGCCUUCACUGCUGGCUUUCAGGCAUGUGUUUGAUGAAGGACUGGAUGAAUACAAAGUCAUCAUGCUCAACAAGAAGUACCUGACCUUCAGAGUAGUCAAGGUCAACAGGGAAUGUGUCCGUGGCUUGUGGGCUGGCCAGCAGCAAGAACUCAUCUUCCUAAGAAAUAGAAAUCCAGAACGAGGCAGCAUCCAGAAUGCUAAACAGGCAUUGCGUAACAUGAUCAACUCUUCAUGUGACCAGCCCAUUGGCUACCCUAUCUACGUAUCCCCACUGACAACAUCAUAUUCCUCCACUAACUCACCACUAGCAUCCAUCAUUGGUGGGGAGUUCAUCCUUGCUAAUGUCAAGAGCUUCUUCCAAAAUCUGUGGAAAAAAAUGCGUCGGCGGUGUGGAGCAACAUGUGCAGGCAGCAGUUCGGGUUACUCUGAAGACCUUCCUUACUCCCUCAGCUGUUCACCUGCAGGAGCAGCCACAGCUCUCGGCAGUAUCGGUCCAAACUCACGCUCCAACUGUUCAACCUCCACUCCUACGAAUCAGGAGCUUGCUCUACAGACCCUUGGAAACCGUGGGAGUUUGGUCUCCACUACAAGCUCUGCCAGUAAACCCAGUGCUCUCGUCACUCUGGCUGGCUUUCUCACCGAGUCCACAGGGAGCAAAGACACUCUACCACAGAAAGUCCGGAUCACAGACACCACAAAAGUCUUCUCCAAUAUUAACCUUGGUCGUCGUAUAGAUGUUCAGUGGCCAAACGAAGAAUGGAAGCAAAGUGGUGGUAAAUCUGGAUGGGCAUCCUGGGUACCAGCUUUGGGCAUGGAGGGCACUGUUGUACAUCGCUGGGAACCUUGCCAUCGAGAAACAAUGAAACGUUCACAUGUGGACAAAGUGAUAUUUUUAGUGCAGAUAUCGGACAAGUAUGUACCUAUUGCUGAGGCAGGGGUGUUAGAUCUAGGGGCUGAGGUAUGACAUGAGGCCAGGUCAUCAUGGGUAUGAUACAGCUACAUCAGGUGACUUUAUUGUGACUUACUGUUUUCAUAGGACUGUCCUACAAUCGUCAGUGGGACAGCAGCGUCCUAGUCGUCGGUGGGACAGCAACGUCCUACACUCGUCAGUGGGACAGCAGCGUCCUAGUCGUCGGUGGGACAGCAACGUCCUACACUCGUCAAUGGGACAGCAGCGUCCUAGUCGUCGAUGGGACAGCAACGUCCUACACUCGUCAAUGGGACAGCAGCGUCCUACAGUCGUCCGUGGGACAGCAACGUCCUACACUCGUCAGUGGGGCUGGAACGUCCUACAGUCGUCAGUGGGACAACACCAUUAGCACAAUACUGUUCCAUACCUCAUUGUAGGUCAAGUAUGUGUCAAGUUAUCCAUGGUUAUAUGGCCAAAAAGAGUUUUCAGACUUGUCGAUAAUGUGCUGUGCAGUAUUACUCAUGUUGCAAGGCCCUUGGUCGGAUGGGAGAAGUAAUAUUAUUUCCACCACAGUGUUAUCAUCUGUCUAAUUACAGACAGUAGUAUAUCAUCAUCUGAUCACAGCGUUGUGGAACAUUCCAAAAGCACAACAGGCUAUCAACGUCCCACACAUCAACCAUAGUCUGUGUCGUAUCUCUUAGUCUGCAGCCAAUACUGGGAGGCAGAAAGAUCUCCAACAGUUCAGUCGUGAAGAUGUGAGGACUAUUUAGGGAAAGGGGAGGUAACUGUAGAUAAGUUAAACCUCUGUAUUUAUCUGUGAUUUGACUUGUGAUGAAGUGACUUGUCAGUGAUGGUGUUCUACAGUGUGGAUCCUUCUCCAGAUCUAUGUUACCGGUAUAUAUCAAAUGAUUGGACAUUAUUCCAGCCAGAACAACCGACUAACUGAGCUCUCAGUUGUCCACAACUCCUCAGGAAACAAGUAUACUGUACAAUAAUUUAUCUUCAGACUUACAGUAUCUAGUCUGUCUGGAACAGUCUUGACAAUCCUGGGGUAAUCUGAGAAGCCUUGGGUAGCAGUCAAGACACUUCUAGACCCCGGCAAUUUUGUUUUAACACAAAUAGGCUUAUAAUCUUCUUUAAACUGUUUAUCGCCUAGGUUUUGUUAUAUAAAACUGCUCAAAUUGUAAUCUGCUAAAUGUAAUAUAUACAUAUAUUUUAUUUCUAACGUUUUUAUCAAUAUUAAAAAAAACUGACUGCUUUCAUUUUAUGUUCAGCUUAAACAAAUGUACAUUAUUGAUUCCUAAUUCUAUUUGAUGUUAUUUAUACUCUCUUCACUAUAUGCUGUGGAUUUAUAGAAAAAAAAAGCAACAAAGAUGUUUGUAAUUAGAACAAUCAGUCAUCACUGUCCUACUCAUCGUCAGACCCAGCAUUUCAAUACAGGAAAGGAACAUAUCAGAUUAGAGACCAAGGAAGCUGGUCUUCCUUAUAGGAUUAUCAGUAAAUAUGUCUGUGUAAUAUGUUAAGUAUGUAAUCACAAAGUCAUUACAACAUUUGUUACUUCAUCAUGUAAGUACAUAUAUAGUUGAUUUACAGAUUUCGCACUAAAAAAUUCAAAACAUCAAUGUAAAACUUGUAAAUGCAGAAGUAUUUUGGUGAAUUUUUUGCUGUGUGGUAUGAAAGCUUAAUAACAAAGGGGUAUUUGAAAUUGUCGCAUUAUAAUGGACAUUAUAAUGUCAGUUGUGUAUCAGUAGAUCUGUUUAACAUUCCGGUGUUGUAGAGCACCGAUUCUUCCCACAGUGUUGUAGAGCGCCGAGUCUGUGGGAAAGACACUCGGGCUAAUUAACCGAAACCUUGUGAUAAUUUAUUUGUGCUGGUACAUCCGAUUUGUGUACCUAUCUUGUUUAUAUGUUAUAUAUUCUCUCUUCUGUCAUGGAAUUUUCUGAUUUCAAAUAAUUAUGGAGUCCUCAAAUUAAAAAUUGAAGUUGGUUUCACAGAUUUUAAUAUCCCACCAUUUUGUUUUAAUGUCUCUGUGGAUUCUUGGAUUGUCCCACCUCAAACCUUAUUAGAUUAUUAAAAGCAAAUAAUUUCUACCUGGUAAUAUGUACAUGUAGAGAUUUCAAUAGUCUUUACAUUUUAUUUUCUGUGCAAAUACUCUUUUGACUUAAGGUUUGAAUAUACUGAAAUUAAAAAAUACUGAAAUUUAAACCAAAAUUGCAUGUUUUGGGACUUCAGAUUAAAAAAAAGGUCUAAUUUUGUAGACAUUUUUGCAUGCAAUCUCAGAAACAAUCCAAAUAAAAGGAUUAUCAGGAAGGGAAUAUUAUCUUUUGAAAACUAAGGAUCUGGAAAGCAGAAUUAUUUAUUUUAACAGUGGAAUGUUUUAUUGUAUAUAUAAGCCCGGAGUAAUCAUGUUCAAUCAUUCCCAUUAAGAAUGUCCAGCACACUUGGGGCAUACAUCAUUAUUUUAGUUAAUAUUUUAAUGACCAAAUAAGACUUUUUUAUAUAGAUUUAUACUGUGUAUAUGUGAUGCUGGGAAGGCUGCCUAGUGUUCUUAGUGUAGAAAGUCGAGAAAAUCCAUUUCAUCACUUGUCCAAUGGGCAAGUGAGCUUAUGCGGUGCUGUGGCGUUUAUCUGUCUGUCAACUUUUCACUCUAAACAUCUCAAUAACUAAGAGGGCCCAGAGACCUGAUACUGCCCCUUUAGCAUACUGGGAUGAAGAGUUACCAAGUUUGUUCAAAUGAAUGACCUUGACCUAUAUUUAAUUUUAAGGUCACAGGUGUCAAAUAUUAAUUUAUUUUUAUCUAGAUAAGCCAGAGAGCUCAGCUCAUGAUAUGGACCAGGAAUAUACUUGGCUACAAAGUUUGUUGAAAUAAAUACAAUUAGCCUUUACUCAUAUUGAAAUGAAUGGGUAUUCAGCUUAGCAGCCAUAUUGCAUAUAGCAACAUACCAGUACAUCAACUUUAAAAUUGCAUUACUAGUGGGUGAGCAAUACAGGCCCAUUGGGCCUCUUGUUUAUGCUUAAUGUGUUAUUUUAGUGCUUGAAAAGUGCUUUGGAUCCAUCACCCAUGUCCGAGAGUGGUACAUUGUAUUUGAUAGGCCCAAAGAAAAUAUAUACCUCUUCUUGAAUGUCCCAUAUACAUUUCCUGGAUACAGGUCUCUUCCUCUUUAUAAUGUGUCUGUCUCUGUAACAAUGUCAUCAGCUUUAUAAUUAGAUGAAAUAUCAGUUACUUAGUGGUUGUGUGGCUAAAUUUUCCCAACCAUAUAUUGUAUAGGCACAAUGCUUGCCAGUCCUGUUGGUGCUGGCGAGUAUUAACUUUGUAUAUUUUGUUUGCUGGUAAUGCAGUGUUAUUUAUAUUUACACAGGAAAUGUGGGACUGUGCAAUUUGAAGUAUACCGGUCAAUAUGUUACCGGUCUGGACAAUUAGGUAGUCUCUUGUCCAUAUACAUAAAUGUUGAACUGGUAUCACCCUUCACGAAGCUGUCAAGUCUGGUCUGGGCGAGCUAGGCCUGGACUGUCUUACUUGACAAAAUGUUUUUAAUUGUAGGCAAAAGGAUGGCAUAAUGUCUCGGCAGCUCAAACAAAGACAUCCAUAUAGGCAUAUUAUCUAUUAUUUCCAUGACUGUUUCAUGUAAGAUUUGCACCUAAACAUUGUAGGAUUGCUUAUUCACUCAUGUAGUAUAUUUUGAGAAUUGAUUAUUAGAAUGCACUUAACAUCUUGUCAAAACAGCUUACAUUUGGAUGUGAUCAUCGCAGUAUUUCUAAUGGUCCAAUCAAUUACUGAUGUCUACUUCAAGCAUUAAUAUUGGUGGUCAUAGAACGACAUUUUCUCCGUGAUAAAGCAGAUGUUGGGUGUAAAAGGAUGUUGUAACUAUUUGGUAGUCAUAAAUUUCAAAGUAUUGCAAAUAUCUUAAUAGAUGUUUUACGUUAAACUCUUCCUAUAAUUAUAAUUAGCUGCCAAUUAGUGUUGUGGCUGCAAUAAUCUACUUUAGAAAACAAAAGUUGGUAUCACAAUUUCUACAUUCAUAGGGUCAGAUUUGGGGUUAAUCUGCAUUCUGCAAUUUCUUUAAUCUAUAACAUGUAACUGAAUGGAAAACAGAUUUAUCAAUAUUAUUGAACUGACACAGGGAGAAGUCAGUUUCUUGACAUAAAAUCAUAUCAGAAUAAUGGCUUUGAUAAAUUUCUGAAGUGAACAUGCUUAUUUAUUGUAGAAGCUUGAGAAAUAGAUGUUUUAGCCUAGAAAAAUGCUCAUCAUAACCACAAAAGUAAGUUGUGAUAAAGUGUCAAUUCUAUCCAGUCAUAACCACAACAAUCAUUGGUGAUAAGUGUCAAUUCUUCAUUUUACCCUGACAUACUAAUGUGUUUCUUAACUGUUAAAUCAUGUAAUUAUUGUACCUCAUCAGAUCUAUAUUACAAAGCAAUGUUCUCUUUAGAAAAUGAAAAAUGAACCAUUGGUUAUUUAAGAACUUGCUUUGUAUAUUUGCCAAAGCUACGAUUAUUUAGAGAACAUUUGUAUAUUAAUUUUUUUGCUGAUUGUAAACAUCUAGGGUUUGAUUCUCUGAGCCAGAGCUCAGAUGAGAUUGUAAGCAGAUGUGAUGUUAACCAUUUCAUAUUCAAGACAAAUGCUGUUUUUUUUUUUAUUACCAGAGGGUUGAUUUUUAGAAAAUGUUGCAAUCAUGUCCGUUUACGGUAUUUGAAUGGUGAUUUUUGUUUCCAUAUCGCAUUACCAUUGGUAACAAUAGAAAGUAUAAUGGUUUAAAUAAUUAUGUAAAAUGUACACUUAAGUCAGCAAGUGUCUUUUUUAAUUAGUUUACGAGUAUGUGUAUAUGUGAAAUACAGCAGAAAGUUUUAAAAAUACAAUAGAUAUUGUGUUAUGUGAUAAAUAGAAGUGUGUAUCGGUGAUUGGAGGAUUGGGAGUUGUGUUUGAGUUGAGACCGAAUGCCAUUGUGUAUAUAUAUAUUAUGUAAUGAGGAUGUCUAUAUAUUGAUGGAUGUAAAACAUCGAUAAAAUAAAUUUACCAGAAUUACCAAUUCAA